CAAAUCCUUCUUCCAUCAUUCACCUUCAAACCUUUGAUUCUUCUUCUUUCUCUGUGGUAUGGGUUCCUGCAUGGCCAUCAUGUUUCUUUUUCUACUGUUUCCCUUGGCAGUCAAAGGGGAUAAUAAUAUUACUGAUUCUUUCCUUGAUAAGGUUUGUGAAGAAGUGGAAUGUGGGAAAGGAAGCUGUGUUGUGAACACAAGUUACCCAUUAAACUUCAUUUGUGAAUGCGAAUCUGGUUGGACCAGAACUCAAGACGAAGAUGAUGAUAAAUUUGCCACUAGCUUUCUUCCAUGUGUCAUUCCCCAAUGUAGCUUGAACUAUGGUUGUCAACCAGCACCACCACCAGUUCCAGAGAAGACUUUUCCACACAAUUUAUCAGCUUUCAAUCCUUGCUAUUGGGCGUACUGUGGAGAAGGAAAAUGCGUCAAGAACAGGACACAUACAUACGCAUGUGAAUGCAGCCCCAAUUACUUGAAUCUUCUCAACAUCUCGGUUUUUCCUUGUUACAGUGAAUGUACUCUUGGAUCUGAUUGUUCGAAGCUUGGAAUAAAAGUUGGAGAAUCAACUGGCAAUCAAGAUAGCUCAGGCUCAGUUUUCAAAGGAAGGUUGGAUUGGAUGAUUAUGAUGUUGAUGUCGACGGGUAUGGUGAUGUGGAGCUAAGACCCCAAGGAUACACAGAAUUAUUUUUGCGAUUUCAUUGUUCUUCAUCACUCAUUGGGGGUUGCUAUACUGUAUGCACAUACAUACGUAGACAGUAUGUACAUUUGUCAUUUUGUACAAUAAAGGGAGUGAAAAUAUUUGAACUUUAGAGCUUCUGUAAACUACUUAAACUUCAUUGUUUGUGGAUUUUAUCUAGUUAAUACUAU